UUUGAAAAAUAAUUAGUUAAAGUUAAAAAUUAAAUUAUUUUAAAUGCGUUCCAAUAUUAAACAUGUAAAUUGAUGAUCGGGAAUUCUUCGUAAUCGGCCGGAUUUAAUUAGGGAAGGCGAGCAAAAGAGCGUCGCGGAUUCAAUAUCUCCUUGAUUCGGGCAUGGGUCCGCAAGUUACGUUCCUGACAUCCCUCGCGGCUCGCACAAUACGGCACAAUAUGGCGAACUAUACGAGACAACGAUGUUCCAAAUAAUCUCGAAUCGAAACUUCCUUGCCCAAACCGUAUUGUCACUCGACAAAUCUUGUCGUAGCGGCGAUCGCACUUCCCCGGAAAUCCUAACUGAAUGCCUCUGGCGAGUCCGAGGAAACCGAGAAGCGCGUUGAAAGUGCUCUCGAAGAUACGGAUGCGGAGGGGUCGGACGCGCACGGACACGCUCUCGAUCGGGUGGCGCGUUUCCCUGCGAAUUCCCGCGGAACUCGGCGGCUACCCGGCGACGUGCGGCGGAUACUAGUCAAGUACAUCAAUCGCGGACGAUCGGCGGCGCGGGAAGAUGCUCUACCUCGAGGAUUACGUCGAAAUGAUCGAGCAUCUUCCACAAGAGCUAAGGGACCGAUUUACCGAAAUGAGGGAAAUGGAUCUAGGUGUACAAAAUUCCAUGGAUAGCCUGGAAAAGAAAGUGAAGACUUUCUUUUGCAAUGCUAAGAAGAUGAAGCCCAGUGAAAAGGAGGCAGAAUACGAAGCUAUUAGAAAAGAGUACUACAAGACUUUGGAGGAUGCCGAUGAGAAGGUGCACCUAGCCAAUCAGAUGUACGAUUUGGUAGACAGGUACCUGAGGAGGCUCGAUCAGGAGCUGCACAAGUUCAAGAUGGAACUAGAGGCAGACAAUAAAGGCAUCACCGAGAUUCUGGAGAAGAGAUCUUUGGAAUUGGACCAGCCACCCACGAAUAGCAGUCAAAAGGAAAAUCGUUAUAGUUUUACUCCAAGCAGAACGCGGGACAAUCACAGCCAUUCUCGGUCGGAGAAGCGACGGGAUUCGAAUGCAUCUUCCACGUCGGUCGAGAAGAGGCUGGCAAUUGAGAAGAUACCGGCAGCAACGAGUCUACCGGAAUCACGACCGGCGUCAGCGAAUUCCACACCUAUUAUCGCGGCGAGUAGUGUCGCGCCGGCUCCGGCAGCGAUUGCUAAUUCCGUAGGGUCGGUGUGCUAUAAUCUCGGCCAUAUCGGCGCCGGUGGUAACGCUAUCGCAGCAGCCGCGUCUCAGGCGAUCGCGGCCACGCAAUCAAUGCAGCAGGGCAGACGUUCGGCCAGUCUGAAGGCGAGUUAUGAGGCCAUUAAUACCGGUGGCGUACAUGCCGCGGAAUUCAGCAGGGAACUGGCCGGUGCGGCGCAAACCGCCAUCGCUGCCAUCCAGGAAACCACAAAGAAGCAUAAAAAAAAAGUAACAGCUACCGUACCGAGUUCGAGCGUAAUCGCAACUACGGUGCAACAGCCCGUGUCGCCACCGGUAGUUACCACAACUACGCAAGUAGUGGACCCGGAUAAUCCGGAUUGGACGUAUGAUCCGAACGAGCCGCGCUACUGCAUAUGCAAUCAAGUGUCGUAUGGCGACAUGGUUGCUUGCGAUAAUUCAGAUUGCCCCUUUGAAUGGUUCCAUUAUCCAUGCGUGGGAAUCACUGCGCCACCUAAGGGAAAGUGGUACUGCCCUCAGUGUACGUCCUCGAUGAAAAGACGUGGCGGACGGAAGAACUGAUUAGGUGAGAAAAAGAAGAAGAAGAAGAAGCUAGGGAACCAUAUUGACCACAUUAAGAAAGCAUCGCUGCUACUACCUCUUAGACACUGUCCGUCGAAUACCAACUUAGUUAGGAAGCCGUUAUUAGCUCUGAUUUUGUAUAACUUUUUCAAUGUGCUAUUUCGAGUCCGCAUCGUCAUCUUGACCUACGGUCUUCUCUUUUUGCUUGACUGAGUAUACAAUUGAAAAUGAUAACGUUAUUCUAUCAAAAUCUCGAAGCAUCUAACGGAUAUAUCAAACCCAAGGAUUAACAUCAUAAACAUCUCAAUGUGUUUCGCAUACUGCCGUUACCUCCGAGCAAUAAAGGAAAGAGAAUGGAAAGUGAAUAUAAGGUGAAAUAAGAAUUCGGAAAAUAGGAGAAUCGUUAUAAUGUAUUCUUCGACGAGUUUGAAAUUGACUGCUUCUCUUCGAAACCUUAGAUUUAGGUAUUAGCUGUUUAAUAGAGAACAUUUCCCUACAAGUUAGAUUGUAAAUAAAUAAACUCCAUUUUUUAAUUUUAGAUAAGCCUUAGUUUAAUAGAAAUUUAAUUUCCUAUAAAAUUUAAACCUCCAGUAUUUAAUGUUGAAAAUGAAGAAUUUACUUUUUUGAUGGAGAAAAACUGAACGAAAUAACUUCGAAUUCGUCUGAGAAUAGCAACUUAAUCUUUCAAAGCCACUAUAAAUGGAUUCCACUAAUUUCAAAAGGUGAAUUGUAGCGAAAUGGUGUAUAAAUAAAAUCAUCUAUACAGUGAGGCGACGUUGCCAAAA